AGAGUGGGCGUGCGGUUUCCUCUGGGGCGAUCUGAUUUCUCUGAGAGUGUGGUUAAGGCACGCUUAGGAGAAAACGUCCUCCGUGGAGCAGGGACGCGACCUCUCCGCCAGCAGCAGCAGCAGCUGUGCUGAGUGGGCUGCUCGGGUGCCUGGGCACGUACGGAGCUGUUUGCUUUGGAGGGAAAAAACAAUUAGCUGGUUCCUCCAUCCUGUCCUGGGAAAACAUCAUCCAGCAAGGAAGAGCAAAGGGAGCAACUUUUCAGGGUGGCAGAGGAACCUUUGGGACUGGCACCAAGAAGCAGGCAAGGCCACCGGCUGCUGCCAGCUGAGCUCCAGCCCUCGUUGGGGUCCCCGUGGGGUGGCAAGAGCAGCAGGGAGGGAGCGCUGGUGCAGCAGCCACCUCCACGUGACCAUCCAUCCCCGCUCCCGUUGGAGAGACCUGGCAGGAGCCAGGCAGCUUCAACAGACCCGGCCAAAAAGUCACACAGGCGUGAGCACAGCUGAGCAGAAGCAGCAGCCAUGUCGUGGGACACGGGGCAGCACCUGCCCCCUGGGCUCCCCAGGGCCACGCUGCGGAAAUCAGCAUCGAUGUACACUGAAAUACAGCGGGAGCGACCAGACAGUGGGAAUAUCCUGACUCACCCAGACUACAAAGAUGGAAACCCAGACCUCAUCAAACCUAAAAAGCUCCUAAAUCCUGUAAAAGCCUCAAAGAGCCACCAAGAGCUGCACAGAGAGCUGCUGAUGAACCACAAAAGAGGCUUGGGUGUGGAGAGCAAGCCAGAGCUGCAGCGCGUACUUGAGCACCGGCGGCGAAACCAACUCAUCAGACAGAAGAAAGAAGAGGAAGAGGCAAAGAAAUUGCAGUCUCCUUUUGAAAAAGAGCUGUUAAAGAGGCACCAGAGGCUGGAUCAGUUGGAGAAAGAGCAGGAGAAGCAGGAAGACCAUGCACCAGAAUUCAUUAAAGUCAAGGAAAACCUGAGAAGAACAUCAACAGUGACUGGGGAUGAGAAAGCAGCAUAGCUUCUGCCAAAACUCAACGGGGAUCCUAUAAAGGCUGGCGCUAACACAAUCACGCUGACAUCUCUGUACAUGGUGGACAUUCACAGACGCAUCGUUGGGGCUACCUAAGGUUAUUAACACUUGCUCCAGUAGAAGGCAAAAAAAGGUUUUCCCAGCCCAGGAAUGUAUCACUGUGGAAAAGGUGCAGCAUUCACUGAAGUAUUCACUUGAGGAGAUGCAGAAAAAAAUGAUGGUAUUUCCGCCCCAGGUUGUCAGUGCAUGCUAACCUCCAGCUAACUCUUGGUUAACCCUUGAGACACAGCAACCAUUUAAGCCAGGGAAGUAUGUGAAGCGGUGGUUUGGGGGACCCCUGCUUCUUCCUGGAGGCAGGCUUACCAGGCAAAGGGUGACAGGAAGGUGUCUGCAGCUCUGGAGAACCUCCUGAAAACCUGGUGUGGUAACUAAAAGGGAAAAUCUGCCUAUUAUUGAGAACAGCCCAGCUGACCAUAAUGGUUUUCCCAAGGGUCACUGGUAUUGCACCAGUGUGCGAAUCGAGCCUGGCUGAGGCUGUUCUCCCAGGAGCACCGCUGUCCUAUUAGGAAAAUCAACCUCUGUGUGCCCAUACCAGUGCAGCACAGGCAGGUGCAACUGUUCUUCGUGAGCACCUUUAAAUCACGUUUCAAACCUGUUUGAAAAUAGUUAUUUAGGCAGUUCCGUUCCAUGCUCAGGCAGAAAAUAAUUGGACUAUACCACCAAUGCCCCAAGUGGGAGGCAAAUGCUCUGUGCAGAAAGCAAAGGCUGUGUGUGUUCAGCGUGGGCGUUCAUGGAAGUGUGCAGUGACCAGGCAGCUUCUUGCCCCUGGACUACGGAGCUUCAGCCCCUCACCCAGCAGCUAGACGUGUGCUACCAUACGGGUGUCAGGCUGCUAUCCUGUUCACCCUGCACUCAGAUGACAUCUGUAGACACCAGGGGCUGCAGGGUACACAGAUACUGAUGCAAAACUAUUUGUCAGUGCUCUCACCCCCUUUUCCAGCGGUCAGAGCUGCCUCAUUUCAGUUGCCACCUUGCAAAGCUAAAAAUCAUCUUGCUGCUAGUAUAGUGAAGCUGAGAUAGAUGGUGCAUUUGCACUAUGCAUGGACAGAGCCUACCACACUGAUGGGGCAUCCGUGCCCUGAGGUGUCCACAUCUAGAGCGCAAAUUGCUCCUUCGGGAAGAUCUCAGCUUCUUGCUUCUCACAUCAGCCCUGAUACAAAGCCUAAACAGCGUAACUCACCAACUGCCUUUGAAUACUGGGUCUUGAAUGGCAAGCCUCAAUGGACCUAGUCAGCUGGGAAGGUAAUACCUGGAUAAACAAUAUCCGCAGCUUCAGUGGAUCCAUAUGUAAAUUAAGGGAAACUGGGAAUUUAUCACAUAUUUAUUAAAAAGUUACUAAUCCAUCCCUAGUCUCCCUGGUCCAGCGGGGUGUUUCAUUUCAGAGGACUGUUGCUCAACUUGGCACCUGAGCCACAUCACGUGUCAAGAGCAUGACUGAUAUGGGGCUUUUGCCACAGUCUUGGACUGUGGAAGCCCUUAACUCAGUUUCAGUCCUUGAGAGCCCCAUCUCGCGGCACUGUCUCUGUGCUAGUUUUUAGCUCUUUGCUCAUCAUGCUUAUUCUAAGCAAGUUUUUAUUUCAGAAGUCCAGUGCAUAUGGUCACUAUGGGUCAAACAAGAUCUGAAAGGAUCUGUUAUGUCCUUUUCAACUGUGAAGCUCUUCAUACAGGUUAUGAUUAAAAUCAUGAGGAAGAAGCAUCGUUGACCAAUUUUCAGGAGGAAAAAUGCCAAAUGUCUCCAAGAAGGUGUUGCUAAGGAUGCUUGUGCACAGCUGUAAAGAAUACUGUAUGAUACUCCAUAGAUAACACCGGUUUAAAUAACAAGCCAGAAUUACUGUGCUGGGGUUUUGUGAAGGGUUAUGGCACAGAUUAAGUAACCUUGAUAAAAGAGCUCAAAAAAAUUCAGCAAAUUAAUUUGUAAUUUUGCCACAGAUGGAAAUGCACUCCAGGAGAGGCAAUCUGUCGCUCCAUAUGCACCAGUGAAAUCAGUGUUAUCAGCUCAUCCACGCUGGGAUGGGGGCAUUUAUGCAAGUCCUUGGGUGGGAGCCAUCCAGUAAGGUCUGGGUGAGCUGAGUGCUCAGAUCAGCAAUGAAAAGGUUGAAAAUAUUUUGCUGCUGUCUUCUUGAGUGUGCAGACACUAUCUGGGGAAAAAAAAUAUCAAGGCAUCUCCCUUUGAUGUGGUGUCCACCAAGCACAGAGUGCGGCUGCACACAAACGCAGUUGGGGAUUUCUAAGGGGUAUGUGGGUCAUUUUCAGUGGGAGUCCAGAAGGGAAAGGGACGGCCAGGUCAUACUGUCCUAACUCAGGCUGAGCUAAUAGAGACAGAAGAAACCCUUCCAGCAGUGGAGAGACAGCAGAAAGCCCUGACCCAGCUGCCCACCAGGACCCCAUGGACUGUGAGCCAGGACCCAGCUGCACAUCCGCACACUGACCCACCAAACUGGCCACAAGCAGCCGGCGCUGGUGGCUCCCGCGGGGCCAGGAUGGGCUAUAGCAGCCCCAUGGCACACAGCAGGGCACACAGCACUUCGUCCCCAGCAAGAGCUGCAGGCUGCACCCCUCUGUGAUGGCAUCUAGGAAAUUAUGCUCUUACUGUUCAAGCAUUGGCUUAAAAAAACCCACACUGUUUUCCAACACAGCUCUUACCCCUGCGAACUGGUAACUGCCUCCCUGGCUGGGCUCAGACCCAGAGCCUGUACAACCUUCCUUGAUGCUCUUGUGCUUCAUGGCACGGCAGUGUGGAGGUGGCACACAAAACAACAUCAGUGUAGGCACCACAAGGAAGAUUUUGGGGUAUCUUUGUGUCUCUUUUUCUUUUGAAUUAAUUCCUCCCUAUGCCAGUAAAACACAUUCCUGAAUAAAUGUGGUAUAUUCAGAAGAUACAGAUUAUCAGAGUAUUGAUGGAAGACAAUAUUUUGCACUGUGUAUGUUGCCUAUGUGGUAUAUAGUCUAUAUUCUGUGUUGGUGUUUAUACAUUUAUAUAAAAAUAUAUAUUAUGCAGCUCUACUUAAUUAACUCACACUGUUCAGUGUGGACACUUCUGAAGAAAUUAACUAAAAGAUGAUUGUAUAUUUUGCUCUUUUCGAAAAGGAACUGAAAAAGCGCUGUGGAUGCAAGCACACAACAGCCAAAUAAACUGAAUGAGCAUAAAAAUCA